CUCGGGGUUCCUUUCUUACCACAACCAAGCAAUAUCACUUCCCCAACCACCUCUAUCUAUUUCCUAUCAACCUACCUACCUAUCUAUCUACCUGAGCAACCACUUCUAGACAUCCAUCACAGAGAUAAGCAUAUCCAACGCCAUGGCCCCAAUCGCCACCUCCCCUCCUACCUCCCCCUCCCUACCCACAAGCACCUCUAGCCUCGCCAGCUACAAAGGCUACGACCAUGUGCACUGGUACGUCGGCAACGCCAAACAAGCCGCCUCCUUCUACAUCACCCGCAUGGGCUUUGAGCGGAUUGCCUACCGCGGCCUCGAGACCAACAGCCGCGCCAUCUGCUCGCAUGUCGUGCGCAACGGCGACAUCACCUUCAUCCUGACCUCCCCCCUGCGCUCCCUCGACCAACUCGCCCGCUUCGACCCCGAAGAACAAGACCUCCUCCGCGAGAUCCACGCCCACCUCGAGCAGCACGGUGACGCCGUCAAGGAUGUAGCCUUCGAGGUGGACUCGGUCGAUGCCGUCUACAACGCCGCGGUGGCCAACGGCGCCAAAGCCGUCUCGGGCCCGCGGCCCCUCGAGGACGCUGACGGUCGGGUGCGCGUGGCCACCAUCCAGACGUACGGACAGACGACACACACCCUGAUCGAGCGGGGCGAGUACCACGGCGUCUUCCUGCCGGGGUACCGCGUGGAGAAGGGCGAUGCCGACCCGAUCACCGCUCUGCUGCCGGGGGUGCAUCUGCGACGGAUCGAUCACUGCGUGGGAAACCAGGAUUGGGACGAGAUGGACAAGAUCUGCCAAUACUACGAAAACGCCCUCGGCUUCCACCGCUUCUGGUCCGUCGACGACAAAGACAUCUGCACCGAGUUCUCCGCCCUCAAAAGCAUCGUCAUGGCCUCGCCCAACGAAGUCGUCAAGAUGCCCAUCAACGAGCCGGCCAAGGGCAAGAAGCAGUCGCAGAUCGAGGAGUACGUGGACUUCUACAACGGGGCGGGGGUGCAGCACAUCGCGCUGCUGACGGACGACAUCCUCGCGGCCAUCACCAACCUCAAGGCGCGCGGGGUCGAGUUCAUCAAGGUGCCCGACACCUACUACGAGGACAUCAAGAUCCGGCUGAAGAAGGCGGGCCUGGUGCUGCACGAGGACUUUGACGAGAUCCGCAAGCUGGACAUCUUGAUUGAUUUCGAUGAGGGGGGGUAUUUGUUGCAGUUGUUUACGAAGCAUCUCAUGGACCGUCCGACGGUGUUCAUCGAGAUCAUCCAGCGGCACAAUUUCUCCGGGUUCGGGGCCGGGAACUUCAAGUCGCUGUUCGAGGCGAUUGAGCGGGAGCAGGCUCUGCGGGGCAAUUUGGUUUGAUUUUGGGGAGAGGGUUGAGUUGAAAGCGUUCUCACGGUUAGCGGAUGCAUGGCUCUUGUAUUAUUGCUUGCUUGCUUGUACAUUUGAAUCGCAGUAGUAUGCAUCGUUCCUUGCAUGACG